AUGAAGAUUCUAUCGCUGCUAUACAUGGCCUUUUUGGUGGGAUUGUGCAAAUUUGUAGAUUCCAGAGAGUCGGAUGGUCUAAUUUCCACAUGUAACGAGGACAUUAGUGGAUGUCAAAGUUCUCUUUCCUUCAGCCUUGAUCUUGCCGAACUGGAUGAAACAAGAGUGACCAUUCAAGAAUACGUGGAAAAGGGUGUCAAGAGAGUAUCUCUAACUCCCAAGGAGAAUGUUCUCGUAUCCUCUGUUGUGGAUGCUGGAGCUACUCUCUGGGAGCCCAAAGAAGAUAAGGAGUGCAAGUUUUUGACUCUUGUAUCCAAGGAUGAUUUAACCCUUUUAGCUAUUGAUGUCGUGAAAUGCGGAAAUUUUGAAUUUAUAUGCUUUGAGAAGGAACCAAAUGGAAAGUGGAGUGAGGUUACGCGGGAGGCUUUUGAAGGCAAAGUUAACAAGAUACUAUAG